UAUUGCUUCCUAAGGGGGCUGUCAGGGUGCGGCCAGUAAUGUGCGUGUAGCAGGGGGGUCUCUCCGGGAAGCAGGGAAGUACCCGCCGCCUCUGCCCCUCCCCAGGAGUGUCACUUUCCCUCAGCUGCUUCUGAUGGCUGGGGGGGGGGGGGGGACGCCCUGACGGUGAGAUACGGGCAGAAAAUCCGUGUGUGCGGCAGCGGCGGCUCCUGUCCCUCUAACUGAGCCGGCUCCCCGGACACAGGCACGGCAUUGGGCAGGGAAGGAGGAGGAGUGAGCUAGGAACACACACUUGCUGGGACAGAGUUGCACAGACACGCAGCGACAUAUGGCUGUCACUCCCCUUCCCACUGACUGACUGACUGGCUGCAAGCGUCCCUUCUGCCCCCGGAACUGCCCAGCACUCAGGAUGGCGAGCAACAACCUGGAAUUAUGUCAGCGCAACGCAGAGGAGGUGAAAGUCUUGAUGAAAAAGAAUGUUGACACGGUCAUUGAGAGAGAAGGGAAGAUCUCUGACCUAGAGGAUCGAUCCAAUGAUUUGCUUAACAUGGCCUGCAACUUCCAGAAAACGGCCCAGACAGUGGAACGCCAUACCCGGUGGCAGAAGUGGCGCUGGUACAUCAUUGCUGGAGGAAUUGUAAUUGUAAUUGUGAUCAUCCUCAUUGUCAUUAUUGUGUUGUUCACACUGCCAAACAAUGAGACCCCUAAUAAUGCCAGUGGAGUGCAUUAGAUUAAAGGAAGGGUGUGCACAGGCCCAGACUGGCAAUCUGUGGAUUUUGGCGAAUGCCAGAUGGGGCUGCUGUAAGAUGCCAUAGACAGUCACUAUUUAUUGGGCUGGGGGGGGGGGGGGGCUUUUUGGGCCUCUGUGUACUUGAAAUGCCUCGGCCUACUUUGAAUCCCAAUCCAGGCCUGGGUGUGCACCACUUACCAUAAACUCUUGUAGGGUGAUGGACUUUACUGCAAAGCUUCCCCUAAAGAUCAUAGCUCCUUGUAGCUUGUCUACCUGUACUUACCUGCAGGGUUGUACCCCAUUGUUUUUUAUUUGCAAAGAGUGUUGGAUUACAGUCGUUUUUAUUUUGCUGACGGUUGUGUUACAGUCCUUUCUGUUUAUCUGCAUAGAGACUUGCAGAGCACUGAUUCUUUGUAACCCAAGAGCGGCACCGAGACCCUGUCUAUGCCUCGAAGAUGGAAAUAAUCCUUCCUUCACAAAAAGCACAAUAAAAUAUAGUUAAACAAAUCUA